GGAAAGCAAGCGUGAGGGGGAGGAAGGAAGCCCAGACCGCAGUCUGUGUUCCUCACCCGCUUAGCAGAGAGCUUGUUGGGGCUGCAGCCAGCCUGCCAUCACUAGGGGAAAAUUCCCCCCCCGCCUGAGUAGGAGCUCACGCCCCAAGCAUCCUGCCCAGAGCCCACAGCUGCGCAGGCUGAGGAGCUGAGCGAAAUGCUGCUGAGGGAGGGAAAUGGCUCAUGAAUGAAGAGUGGGAGGGAGCCAGCAUUGGGCGCUAGGGCACUGCGGCCCACUGGGCUCUGUGCUGCUGAUUGAGAGAAAUGUGAGCUGGCUGCAUCACUGCAGUACCCACUGCAGACACCGAGCAAGAGGGGGAGAGAGAGCAGCUAGGAAACAGCUCCCUGGCUCGGAGCAUCCAGGCAGGACCCGCACCCUCGGUGGCAAGGAAACGAGCCUGAGCACAGAGCAUCCUGCGGGGGAGAGGCUGCUACAGCACCAGAGAGAGCAGCAAAGAAACAAAGCAUCCCUGGGGGCAGGAUCCUCUAGCAGUGGAAAGGAUUCAGCAAGGCCGCCUCUUCCAACCAGCCCUGCACCUGCUGCACUGCCAAGGACCUUGCCCUUGCAGAGGUGAGCACAAGAAAGGGCUGAGGAGAGCCUGCCAUCUCCCGUGUGCCACUGCUAGUUCUGUAGCCUGCACAUAUCUUGUUCACUUGCAGACAUAGUGUUGCAUCAGCUUCUUAUCUGGGGAAACAAAAUUCUGCGUUCUGCCCAGAGAGCAGAGGGGGCGUUUGCUCUCUUUCUGCUGCUGAGAGUAAAGGAGUCUGGUUGGAAACGAAAGCCCCUGGAAGAGGAGUUUGCCCUUCAUCAUCAUAGCCUAUGAAAGGAGUCACAUCCUGGGAUCUAAGAAGCAUACAGGAGCAGCGCCUGGGGACCUGGCAUCCUGGCUGGAACAUCAGCAGUGUUAUCUGCCAGGGAUCAGAUCCUAUUUGCCUCCAGAUAACCUCUAGCAACUGGGGCCUCCAAUCCACUGGCGAUUUGUCUGGGACAGAGAGGGGCAACGGGUGCCAAGUCGGAGGUACCGCAGCGCAAGGAUCCUCCUUGAAAACCAAGCAAGACUUCCCAGAGCUGUGGCCCAUCACAGCCCUUUCCUGUGAGCCGCUGCAGGGAGCACCAAGCUGAGCCUGGGGCCACAGCACUGGAGCUGAUCUGUGCCAGCGUGGAGAGCCCCUUGUACCUCCAGCGGAGGAACAUGCAACUACAGAGGUGAGCCAGCUCUGCUCUCCACCAGUUGGGGAUCCUGCCUGGCUGCAGGGCUUAUGCUCAGCUGCUGGCUUGGGGGAGCUGUAGGCUCCGUGAAUGUCAGUGACUGCAAGUGGGAGAGACAGGAAAGUCAGAGCAAAGGAAUUCACAAACACAUUCUUUUGGCCUGCAAAGAUCCUGCAGAGAAACAGGAAUACAGGCAGGAUAGGGGUGGGGCACCUGGAGGAAGGUGCAGGCAGCCCUCAGCACAGGCUGCAGUGAUCACAUUCUGGCUGGGAGCCGUCCUGGGAUGAAUUGCAAGCCUGAGUCACCUGCUCCCAAGGCACCACAAAGCCCUGGGAAAGCCCUGCCUUCCCUAAGCCUCUUGUCACAGUUUGCUAUUUACAGUUGCUACUGAUCUGGCUUGGAAAGUGACAGCCAGCAAAGAGUGGGAGGUCUUCUGAGUGACAGAGAGGGACUGCAGGGAGCAGCCACUUUGAUUAUCCAGUUUGUGACAGGAGCAUGUCCUUAGCGGCUUUGCUCUGCAGGAUAUUAUUGUGAGCAGCAACUUCCUGUGCACGCCUCCAGCCUUGCCAGUGGCAACUUGAGGGCAGUGGGUGAAAUUGGGGUGACUGCAAUCCUGAGGCAGAAGAAGGACACUUGGCCCCAUUGGUUGGCACCUUUCUCCCAGGAUGUGUCCCCGCUCCAGUGGCUUUCUUCCACGCUAUCACUUUACUGCCAGAAGGAGAUUGAAAGCUCUGCAUGCUGCCAGCAUGUUCUAGCCUCAUGCAGGCGACCCUCGGAGAUCCCAGAGCAGUGGACAGUAAUGUAAAGACAAUACUCAUGUCGUGUCUGAAAGGGCAACAGGUCAUCAUCAAAAUGGAGGCGAUGAAGAUCAUCCACCCGGAAAAGUUCUCAGAACUGCAGGGCUCCCAGUCACGCUACACUCCUGCACCCCGCCGGGAGCCACCACUCGUGGCCAAGCGUGCCUGGCCAUCGGAGUCUGAGAUCAUUGUCAAUCAGGCUUGCGGAGACAUCCCUGCCUUGGACAGUAACCCUGGCUCUCUAGGGCUGCCCCGGACUCCACCUCUGCCACGACGAGAGCGAAUAUACCAAGGGCAGCGCAAGGGCAGCUCAGAGGUCUGUUUCCACCGUCAGCCACCAUCAGAUGAGGUUAUCGUCAACCAGUAUGUGCUGCACCCUUCCACGCCAUGCGAGCCCCUGGAAUGCCCCACCUGUGGCCACAUGUACAAUUUUACCAACAAGCGGCCCCGCAUCCUCUCCUGCCUCCACUCCGUGUGUGAGGAAUGCCUGCAAAUCCUCUAUGAGUCCUGUCCGAAGUACAAGUUCAUCUCCUGCCCCACCUGCAAGCGGGAGACUGUGCUCUUCACUGACUAUGGGCUGGCCGCACUGGCGGUGAACACCAGUAUCCUGAACAGACUGCCUGCUGAGGCCCUCUCUGCCAACCCUGUGCAGUGGAGCAGCGAUGCUGACCGCAGCUGCUACCAGACCUUUCGCCAGUACUGUGGGGCGGCCUGUACCUGCCACAUUCGAAAUCCGCUGUCUUCCUGCACCAUCAUGUAACCUGCGUGCCCUGCCCUGCCUUCCCCCCGCACCACUCGCUGCAUCAAACGGCAGUACCGUGUGAGAGAAGAGCAUUGGCAUUGGCCUAGCACAGGGGACAACAGGACCCAGAGUUGACAGCAACAGGCCUGACCCUCUCAUCAGCUCUCCCCAUGCACCACAGGGGAUGAGAUCUUUGCUGUAGCCCAAGGUCCUGUGGUAAUGCAAGGGAUCUCCAGCUGCUGGGCUAGAGGCUGUUCAUGGCUCAGGCUUUGGCAAGAGCUGGGGGGAAUGCAGUCCUCCUUGCUGACAGGAAACCACUGGCUGUGUCUACUGGUGGAGGAGGGAGCUGAGAUGAGGAGCUCCCCUUGUGCCCUGGCUGAGCUUCAGUGAGAGGGACAUUGGGACUGGCAGCGGGUGUCUAUCAGCAAGUCCGGGCACUCCUGUGCUCCCUUUCUGUGGCUCACGCUUUCCCCGUGUCUCACCAGGCACCGUGCCCCCCUUGCACUCACUACUCUGGGCAGCAUUCUUUCUGUUUCUUUCCUGUGGCUCAUGUGAUGUGGUCUGAGUGGAGCAACUUGGCCCAGGAGGCUUCCCUGCCAGCAACACAGCUGAAUGCCACUGCAGGCACCCUGGGGAACAGUGCACCCGACGCACGGAGGUGAUGGGGAGGACAGCCUGGAGCUUUCCAGUGCUGAGCUGGGCAAUGCGUGCGAACCGAGCCUGCCUCACAGGAAGCAGAAAGAGGCUGAGGGGGAGAGGGGGGAAGGGGAAAGAGGGAGGACCACUGGGCAGCCAGUUUUCUCUAAGUUAUUUGCCAAAGCUUUCAUCUCGGUGGCCAAGCUGAAAUGCCUCUAAGUAAUUGUAGCCAAUUCAACCCGUUGCCAUGGCCCCACAGUUACUAAUGGACAUGCGUCCCAUUUCCUCCGCGGGCCCUUGAGGGAAGCUCCAGUUUAUCCUCAUUUUGGAGGAUCUUUGUUUUCCCAACCCAUUCCAGGACACUCCGUCCUUGGGAUUGUUCAUGUUAAUCAAGGCGAUGAGCUGGGAUCAUCCUUCUGUGGGUUCUGCGUGUGUGUGGGAGGGUCCCCUUCCCUGGUGCCCCCCCCUGCCUCCCCCGUGGCCGCAGCUCCCACCCAGUGGAUGGAGAGUUUGGCUCUAAGUACAGAGGCUAAGGCCUUCCUCAGAGCUGGAUAUGCCAUGUUCUUUCCGUCAGCAUGGCGGUCCCCUCCAGUGAGGGAGGAGUCUGGCUAGCUUCUGAGCAGGGCUGUGGGAAUGAGCUGGGGGUAGCUAGUCCUUGCCAAGGUCACCCCCUUCCCUUGUUGUGAUACUAACUGCAGGGGUGGGGGGGAGAAGGAUUUGAUUCCAACAAAGUCCCCUUCAUGGAAGGAACAGCAUCAAGGGGGCUGAGGGAAGGAGCAGCUGGCACAGUAACAUGCCUAGUGUUCCCAUGGCGGGUGGAGGGGCAGGGGAAGCAACUGUCCUGUUCUCAGUGACUUUGUUCCUUCACAACAUUUUGGAGGAAAGUUUGCUGCCAAAAAGCAAGAAAGCAAAAAAGAAACAAAAAGCCAUAUUUUGCAGGUGCUCCCCUGAGAGAGGCUGUGACAACAGCACCCCGCUGGGUAAGGCACAGUACAGUGUCCUGAAAGACAGCAAGGCUUGGGAUUUGGGGGCUACUCAGCCCUGGGGGCAGCUUUGUCUGUGCAUGGGGCCUGACUACUACCUUAGCUGAAAGCAGGCAUGCAUCUGGAGCCCAUGUCCACUGGGCUGGCUCUGCUGAGUGAGAUAGAGAGACACCCUCCCACUCCCAUACCAAUCAGCAGUGUUGCCCCAACCAGCUAAUGAAGAGGAGCAACCCAUCCACCCAUUCCAGAGGUCCUCAUAGUUGGCCUUUAGUGGCAUAAGACACCAAGGGAGAGGAAGGGGAGAGCUGGAAGGUAGCCAGAUUUGUCUGUGAACCCCUGAGAAAUAAGCUGCAGGAGAUCCCCUUGCUCCCAGCCCCUCUGCAGAGAAUGAGGUGGCCCUGGGCGCCCACAGGGGAACUCAGGCCAGCACCCGGGAAGCAUGUACACACUGGGCAGGGGAGAGGGCCAGGAAGAACAGGGCCUGGUAGCAUUUUUUUUCUGCUCUGCCGAUUCCUCCUGCUGCUGGUCGUGACGGUGAUCAUGUUUUAUACCCGGCCUCGUCAAUCCCUAAUUGAUCUCCCAAAUAAAGAUUAUAUUGGAACGAA